UAUGAGAAGCAUCUCCCUCCUUUUUUUUUUCUCUUUUUCUUCUUUUUACAUACGUCUCUAAUGCCCAAGUGUACUCGUAAAGGCUGUGGAAAAGAAUUUACUGAAGAAGAAAACAAAGACAAUGUCUGUCAAUUUCACGAAGGAGCCCCUGUCUUCCAUGAAGGUUUAAAGGGCUGGUCUUGUUGUAAAAAGCGUGUAUCUGAUUUUGAUGAAUUCCUCCAAAUUCCUGGAUGUACAUUUGGCCAACAUUCAACUGAAGCUCCAGUUCAGCCUGCUAAAGAGGAAAAGAAACCAGCUGCAGAAGCAAUUCAUGUGACUAAUGAUGGAGUUGAAGUAUACGGCAAGCAGACACCUGCUCCUGCUGCUCCUGUUGUUUCCUCUCCAGUUGUUCCUCACACACCGGCUGAAGAGAAGAAAGUAGAAGAGAUAGUAGAAGAAGAGGAUGAUGAAUCAGUUUCAGUUGCUGAAGGUACCACCUGUAAGAGACGAGGUUGUGGUCAUGCAUUCAAAGAUCAAGAGACAUCUCGUGGACCAGAGGCCAAAUGUCUUCAUCAUCCAGGUGCACCCAUUUUCCAUGAAGGAUCCAAGGGUUGGAGCUGUUGUAACCGUAGAGUCCUUGAUUUUGAUGAGUUCUUAAAGAUUCCAGGUUGUAAAGAAGGAAGACAUUUGUUUGUGAGCAAGAAUAACCAAAAUGGUGAAGAAUUGGUUGACUGUCGUACUGACUGGUAUCAGACACAAACACAUGUCAUUUUCAGCAUUUUUGCAAAGAAUAAGGAAGAUACCCAAGUUCACUUUAAAGAGAAUUCAAUUGAUGUAGAUAUCAAAAUGAAAGGCAAUAAGCGUUAUAAAAAGACUUUUCCCCUAUUCCAAUCUAUUGACACAAGUGCAUCAAAAUUUACACCACUUUCUACUAAAGUCGAAAUUAACUUGAAAAAGACAAGUGGAAUAUCAUGGGCUGCAUUUGAACCUACAGAUGAAGUAAAGACUUGGACCACUUUUGGUGUCACAGGAGGAGGAGGCACAGUAGGUGCCAAAGAGAUGUAUUAUAAUGCUGAUGCACCUUUGAAUUAUACACGCAAAUAAAUAAAUUAUUAGACAAUCAAAAUAUUAAAGUGGAUUAUUUUAAAUUUAGUUAUAGGCAAUUGUGAAAUAGAGACAUUAGAGUUUGUAGACAAUUGUCUAUCACUAAAGUUUGUAUUUUUACCUGCAUCAUUGUAUUAAUUACCAGCGAUAACUGGUGGGGAUUAAUUUUUGACUUUCUUUCGGGAAUACUCUCGCGGGCGACUUCCUUCAUUUCGUAGCGACUUUAAUAUGCUUAGAAAAUUGAGGACGGCAGCGAGAUCUCGAUUCCAUCAAGUUCCGUCGUCUUCACUUGUUGCCGUGCGCCUUUGCCAGUUGACCCAACAUACGGUGCUUACCAGGCAUGCAGAGAACAAGUUACGGCUUCACGACGUAGACGCCGAGCUGAACGAGAAGAGCAGGAAGGCAGCCCAG